GGUGAACAAACAUAAGCAGGACACCAUGCCCGUCGCCGUGCAUAUAGCGGGAAAAGUAGCAGUCACAGUAGAUUAAGUUUUCAAGGGUUAAGUUACUAUCCUUUACAUUCAUAGGUAAUUCUCCAUUUGACGAGGCAGCUGACAUCCACGAGGCGAGACCAAGAUGGAUGUUGACAUGGGGGGCGGCGACGGCACCCCUACGGCCACCACCGUCGGCAUAGCCGUCGCGGGAGCGGCGCAUGCAGCGGCCGGGCAACAACAGCCCGGGGGUUCCCCAACCUCCCCGACGGCAAGGCAGCAACAGCGUCCCAAGGCCACCAAAGCUGCCGCCGAGGAGCACCAACAGCUGUCGCUCGUCAGGAAAGUUAUGACCUGCUCAAACGUUACACUCUCAAUCUCAAACGUUACAAUAGGCUCUGGAUUUUGUAUUGCAUGACGAGCAUGACAGACUCGCAAUCGCAGAGGCAGAGCGUUCCGCUUUCUGCAAUACAAAUUUUGCUAGAUUCCGCGCAAUGCUAUGGGAGUAGGGGUAGGCCAGACCUAGAACAUGCACUUCUUGCAUCACAGAUUUCCAUAUUCUAAAGUGAAAUGCUUGACAAGAUUGUAGUAGCGGCUGAGCAAGUUAUAAGAGUCCAGGUAAGCUUCGAGACCGUCCGGCAGCAGGCGCAGCAAAAGGGGGUCGACGUGCCCAGGCAGCUGAAGGACCUGGGGUACAACCGCUUCGAGGACUUUAUCCUGAGUUGCGAGCAGUUCACCUGGACCUGCGACCCGAUGGCGCUGGCGGAGCUCGGGCCCGGGAUGGUGCUGUACUUCGAUUUUCUGAAGUAUCUGAUGUCCCUGGCCGCUUUUUUUUUCGUAUGUUACCUCCCCGCGAUGUUUGCCGUGGUCAAGGGGCAGGACGACCGAGAAUUGGAGUUGAAAUCCUGGGUGGUAUCCCCUGUAAAAUCCUCUUCGCCUGCUCGCCCAGCUGUUCGACGUAGUUGUUCCAGUGGUCUUUAAUACCACGACUCGUGGUAAAGAUAGGAAACCUAGUACUUGUGUGCGUGUCGUGUUCAAGACCUGGUCCUGGUGGUGCAUUUCCAUUUAUUACGCUCAUAGGCAACAUGUGUAUCAUCCUCGUCGUGUGGAGGGUCUUGUCUUUCUCACCACAUGCUUAAGUACACAUGUGGUUCGGCUUAUGGCACAGCCGAGGGAGGAGGAGGUCAAGAAGAGGACUCUUUUACAUUGCAUACCAGAUUGAUUCCUUGACAGUGCCUGCCAGUGUGAAUCCCCAGGGCGCGGGAGCCGUAUUUACGUGGCUAAUAAACAACAGCCCCGCGGUGGUUCCGUCUUACUACUUCGCCAUUGGCAACACAGGCAAGGGCGUGCUGAACGACAACUGGGUGAUUGUUUUGUACUUGGUUUCUCUCUUCUUCGGGGCCAUCUCGGUCGGACCCUACUCCGUCCGCCAAGAGAGAAUCGACCAGGAGUUAUGCAGUUCUCAAACGUUACAUUCUCAACUGUUACACGAAUUUGUGAUGCAAAAACAGCAAAAGUGAAAUGGGGAAGAUUGCGCCUCUUGCAGUACAGGUUUGGCACAGAUUUAGAUACUGUUUAGCCCUUUGGAAAUUUGUCAUGCGAAGCAGCUUGAUGGUGUAGAUGAUGAUGAGCGUUUUGCAUGGCAAAUUAUGUAACAGCUGAGAAUGUAACGCUUGAGAACGCCAUAGGAGUGCGACCUCGCCUCGGUGUACCCCAACGACUAUGGUUUGUUCAUCCGGAAUCUGCCGCGGGACGAGUGCGAAGAGAGCAAAAUCAAGGAAUAUUUUGAGCAGAACGCGCUACCGGGCGAUCGCAACAACCGCUGCGAGGUCGUCAAGGUCAUCAUUGCCUGGGACAGUACGAACCACAAAAUUCGAAGCCACUGAACCGUCCACCUAGAGGUCAGAGGAGCAUCAAAACGCAUGACAGCUACUUGAUUUCGGCGAAGAUUCGAACUUCAAUAUUUGUCAUGCUGGUAGUUGACGUAGUGAAGGAAGAGGAAUAUGCAAAAGCCGUUUGUUUUUUAUAUCAUGCAUCGGCCGCAUGAAGAAUUUGAUUUUCCAUCUACCUGUGCGGUAAAACGAAUUUUUCUCUGGACACAAAUCACCAUGUUCAAGCAGUACAGCGACAAGCAAGCCCAGCUGGGUAAGCAGUACUUUACCUUGUUGCAAAAAGGCGCGGAAAAGGACGACCCCAAAGUGCUCGAGGUAAAAACGCAGUUUGAAGAGGUUACUAAGGAGCUAAAAUCGCUGAAAGCCGGACAGAAUCUGCAGGGAUCCGGGUGCGCGAUCGUGGUGUUGAAGCACCAGAAGGACCACCGGGCGGCGCUGGACAAGUGGGAGAGGUCCAUAUGGCUGAAGAUGGUGCACGGGCUGAGUGAGUCGUUUCCGGUGUGUGCCUGUUUGGAGGGGUUUGUGGCCUAUAUGAUGGGCACCCCCUUGUACAAAAACUCCGCCGGGGAGGGGCACCUGUUGAAGGUGACGCGGGCUCCGAACCCGUCGGACGUAAAUUGGCAGGACCUGGGACGAGGUAACUGCGAGUCCUUGCUCCAGCGGUGGCAGCUGUAUUCCGUGAUGGGGGUAUAGUCUUUCGCUUUUCAUCUUUUGUAAGUACACAGUGUCCCGUGACAUGCUGAAGUCAAGAAAAAGACAGCAGUGUAUCUUCACGAAUGGAAACUUAUAUUUAUACAUAGAAGCAUAUAGCAUAUGCAUAUUCCUCACAACCUCCACAGGUUAUGAUUGGCGUCUGUUUCGUUUGCACGUGGUUGCUUUCUGAAUGGGCGGACGAUGAGGAGGGCAACAUGUGGGUGAACAUGACAACGGCACUGACCGUGGCCGCGCUGAACGGAAUUUUGCUUUUCGCGUCCCGGUAUUUGACGCAAUUUGAGUACCACGAAACCAAAACCUCUGAAGACGGGUCGACAACGAAGAAGAUGACGGUGGUACCCUGUGGAAAAGCAUCGCAGUAUCUGUACGUGUACCUAACUCGAAGUAUGUAACUGUGUGUACGUAUACUACACUGUGUGUAGCUGUACGUAUACUAGCAGGAUUACAUGACUACAGACCCAGUUGUUUCUUACCGAGGUCUGCAUGCUGAGCUUCAUUUUCAUUUUGAUCCUUUAAUUGAUAUUAAGAUUGACAUUUUUCAUGCCACCUGUACAUCGAAAAAUGGGAAUGCGAUGCUUGUUUUGCAAUCCAUACCUGGCCAUGGUGAUCAACACGGCCAUCAUUCAGUUUAUUGUGUACCGCGACGACGAGCACUGGUUCCGAGACGGGGGGCUGGUCACACAGAUGAUGUUCAUGGUGCUCACGCACGCGGUGAUCAUGCCCUGGUUUGGGAUGAUCGACAUAGGCUUCAAGAUGAAACAGUACGCUGCGAACAGAAUCGACUGGGAAAAGACCAAGCUUCCGCAAGAAAAAAUCAACGGCAUGUACACCCCGUCGGAGCUGGAUUUACCGCGCCGCUACGCCAUUUCGCUGAAGAUUUUCCUGACCGCGCUCCUCUGCCUGCCGCUUUUCCCCUGGGCCAUGCCGUUUUGCGUCCUGGGCCUGAUGCUGCAGUACGCGGUGGACAAAUACAUGCUGGUCACGAAAUUUGCCCGGCCGGCGUUCACGAAGAACCCGGAAAACGCGUUCGAUGCGCUGUCUUUGCUGCACGGCACCAUGUCGCUCUUUGCGCCGCUCACCUUCUUCCUCUUCCUCCGACCGGCCUGCACCGACGACGUGAAGGGUUUUCUCACCGGUUUGUUAUUCCCGGUCAUGUUCGCAUCCUUCGCGACGUACCUCCUCCCACUUCCCGUGUGGCGGACCUUCACCCGGACUUUCUGCUGCGUCAUCGGUGGGUGCGACAAGGCGUUCUACGGGAAGGACAUCGAGGACACGACGCACGAUAUGGACUACUACACGGCGCAGAUGAUGUGGGGCAAGGGAAUGAAGUACCACAAGUCUCACCCUUUGUACGCGGCGUUACCCGACAAGGUGAACCCGGAGAACAUCCCCCGGCCGGGAUCAUCCCAAGCCGCGCAGCAAGGGGCACAGGUUGGAGCAGGCGGUCAGCAGACGGUGGUGGUGCCAACCUCUACCGUGCAGAUGUUCCAGCAGAAUCAGCAGGCGAUUGAAGUUAUGAAUCGCAAGCGUUCUAAUAUCCUCGCACUAGACCACGAGGACGAAAUUGCACAUUUUUUUUUGGAAGGAGACCUCCUCGUCGAAAUUGUCAUAUUACAGUUGCAGAUUCAUUGUUAUGUCACUGUCAGCAACAGUAGACGAGCAAGCAGAUGCAGCAGAUCCAUCAUGCCAGACUGCAAUUGAAUUCAUUGUUGUAUGAGUCAGAGUCGUGCGCCGAUAGUGCUUUUGUGGUGCAUAGAGGUGAACUUGGCGAAUGUCUUGAUCAGCUACGACCAGGUGAAUCGGGCGGGCGCCGCGAACGCGGUUGUGAUCCCGGCGUCGGAUGUGCAAGUGUCCAACAAUUACGGUGGCGGAAACGCGAACACUGUGCAAACCUCUGGUGUGGUGGUGCAGCAGAGCUCCCAGCACUUCACGGUGGACCCUUAUGGGGGAGGGAGGCAACAAGGUUCCUACGGAGGCGGGUCAGCCUAUGGGUACGGCGGUUACGGUGGGGGCAAUUACGUGAUGAACUUUGGCGCCGCGCGAAUGAAUUACCAACCAGCCCCGGGGCAAAUUGUUAUUCCCGCGGCCCCUGCCACGGUGGACCCACGACAAUCGGCUGGUAUGAUGGUGCAACAGCCCACUGUCGUCCAGCCCAAUAUCUACGGUGGUCAGCAGGCGCAACAGGUACAAACCUUUCCUCCUCAACAAGUAAAUCAAAACUAUAAUCAAAGCGGCCGCGGCGGUAGAUCCUCAUCUGGCGGGGGGUCUAUUGUGCAAAAUGUGUACAACUUCGGCCAAAGUGCCUACAACGCGUACAACAGGAAACGCAACAACGCGUAUGACAGGACGCGUAACAUUAGCAUCCGGCCACCUCGUACUUCGAAAAAACUUCAAAAAGACUUCAAAGAUGAGUUCAGUGCGAGUUCAAUACGAACGCCGACAAAAUCCUAAAUUUAUCAUAAAGUCAUUUGACCUGUUGCAAAAUCGAAGAGAGCCAGCGUCUCUGUCGAAAGUCGGCUGACUUUGCGUAAAGUUUGCAAUAACUCAAAUGACUUUUUGCGGAAUUUGCACCAAAAAAGUCAAUUGACUUUGUGCUAAUUUCACGAAAAGUCAAAUGCCUUUUCCUGAAUUCGGCUCAUUUCACAGACAGGCAGCAAAAGUUUGAAGAAUGUGCCCAAUUUUUUUGCAGAAGUCAGUUGACUUUUUUGGAAAUUAGCAUAAAGUCAAUUGACUUUUUUUGAUGCAAAUGCCGCGCAAAGUCAUUUGACCUUGCCUGGAAGUUGUCAAAAGUCAAGUGACCUGUGCCCUUUUUGAAGUCAACGGAUUUGGGCAAAUUAUUGAACUCGGACUGAACUCGGACUGAACUCGUAAUGAACUCGCUUUUGAACUCGUGCUCCGGUCUUUUUGAAAACUCUAAAAGUGCGAGGUGGUCCCGUGCUAAGUAACAACAAUCAACAACACAACUACCACAACAACUCUUCUUCCCAGCAGACCUAUAAUUCUUCCUCCUACCAAAACCAAUACCAAAAUCAAAAUCAGCCACAGUACCAGUCCAACCACCAAGCGCAGUACCAGCCGGGCGGCGGGCAAUACAUCGCCGCGGCGGCGCCCGUGGUCGUCGCAGCGAGCCAAGUGCAGUACCAGAAUCCCGGGGCGGGAGGCGGUUACCAGCAGCCACAGCAGUAUGGGGGACCAGGGUACGGGGGCGGUGGGAAUAACCAACCCGUGAUAAUAUCUGCAGCGGAUGUACAGGUCGUGAGGCAGUAGUGAAUUGCUGACGAGAUUUCAUCUCUGGAGACUGAACCCGUGGUGAUUUUUUGUAUACUCAUAUUUGUCAAAGUCAAUCUCUUUGGUUCGAGCUGCUAGCUCGCGGCGUUUUUUUUCAAUACUGACACGACGUUGCCACGAGAGUCAUAAAGUGCUCCGGUUCUGCUCUCUGUGUGCCCUGAGUUUUGAUUUGGUUUUUUUACUUCAACUUUGACACCAAAUAUCUGCACUGCAAAGGCCCUGCGCAUGAUGAUGAGAUGAUGUUCUUGUAGGACGACGUGUCACAACGCAGAUGAAUGGAAUUGUGUGCACUUCUUCGAGGAGGUGGGCAACUUUAUAAAUUCCCACACCUAGUGGUCGU